AUGAACCAUAUUCGAUUAUUCUUUAAACGAAUCUACUGGAGACAAAAUUUAGAAGAACUACAGAGUUUUGAUCAUCAACCAAUUUUGGGAACCAGGAAUCCAUUAUUCAUUUUCUCUUCCUCUUUCUCCUUUAUUUCUUCUUCGAAUAGUUUGUCCCCUUUUCUGUUCCUCUUUUUACUUUUUCUUAUGGAUCAUCCAAUUUUCUCUUCCCCUUUUUUUGUAUACAUUAUCUAUAUUUCUCCUCUUUUGUCUUCUUUCUCUUCUUUUUCUGAUUCUUCACACUUCUCCUCCUAUUACGUCGUUUUCUUGUUUUUUUUUUCUUCUGGUAAAUUAUCCACUUUUCUCCUACUCUUUCUUCCUAUAGCUUGUUCUCUUUUUCUUUCUUUUUUCGUAUAUUAUAUCCACUUCUUUAUUCCUUUUUCUUCAUAUAUAUUAUCCACUUUUCUCCUCGCCUUUCUUCUUCAUCUUCUUCGUAUAGAUCAUCCAUUUUUCGCCCUUCUUCUUUUUCUUCUUCUUAUUGGUUACCCACUUUUCUCUUCCUCUUUCUUCUCUCUUCUACUUCAUUUAGAUAAUGCACAUUUCUUCUCCUCUUUCUUUUUCUUCUUCUUCGUCUCGAUUAUCAACAUUUUUCUAUAUCUUUAUUCUUCUUCUUUUUCUUAUUAUUAUUAUUAUAAAAUAUCCUUUUACACACCUUCUUUCUUCUUUCUCUUCUUCUUGUUCUCAUCUUGUUCGUAUAGAUUAUCCUCUUUUCUCUUCCCUUUUCUUAUUUUUCAUCAUAUGGACUAUCCACUUUUCUCUUUCUCUUUCCUCCUCUUCUUCCCAGAGAUGAUCCACUUUUGGCUUCUUCUUCUUUUUCUUCUUUUUCUUCUUCUUCUUCAUAUAAAUUAUCCCCUUUUUACAUCCUCUUUCGUCUUUCUCUUUUUUUCUUCAUCAUAUAGAUUAUCCACUUUUCUCCUCCUCUUUUUUCUUCCUCUUCUUCUUCUUUAUUAUCUCUUUUUCUCUUUCUUUUUUCUUCGUAUUCCUUAUUCACUUUUCUCCUUCUAUUUCUUCUUUCGUCUUUAUUUUCUUUGUUUACCCCUCCUCUUUAUUUUUUUCCCUUUUUUUUCUUGCUUUAAAUCCUAUGUCCCUUCGUUGGGUUCUUUUUUCAGCUUUUAUUUCUUUUAUUUUUUUAAUUCUUUCUUUUUGUGGAAUUCAGUAACUUCCUGCUUGUUUUUCGGAUACAUUCUUUCUUUCAUCUUUUCUCACUUUCUUAACUGCUUUUUUUCCCCGGACCCAUUUUUCUUCUGUUUCUCCCCCCCCCCCGUCACGUUGUCCACAACACUUUUGGAGGGUGGAGGGAGAAAACUUCUUCACGGGCGCAAUCAUUAA